UUCAUAUACACUCAAGCUUGGGGUGAUAUAUAUAUUAACACGCAUGGAUAUUUUUUGACAGAUUAGAAUUGAAUUUUAUUUAAUUUCGUGAAUUUUUUAGAUAAACUUUAUUAAUAUAAACAAAGUCUACAGUAUUUUAGAAAAAUGGUGUUGUCGUGUCGUUAUUACAAGGCAAAAUAUCCCGAGGUGGAGGAUGUUGUUAUGGUUAAUGUCCGCAGUAUAGCGGAAAUGGGUGCAUAUGUUCAUUUAUUGGAAUACAAUAAUAUUGAGGGAAUGAUAUUGCUCUCGGAAUUGUCAAGAAGACGUAUUCGUUCAAUUAAUAAAUUAAUUAGAGUAGGAAAAACUGAGCCAGUUGUUGUCAUUCGUGUUGACAAAGAAAAAGGCUACAUUGAUUUGAGUAAACGACGUGUUUCCGCUGAAGAUGUGGAAAAAUGUACGGAACGUUAUGCAAAGGCAAAAGCAGUGAAUUCAAUACUUCGACAUGUCGCGGAAUUAUUGCAUUAUGAAAAUGAUGAACAACUCGAGGAACUUUAUCAAAAGACAGCUUGGUAUUUUGAGGAAAAAUACAAAAAACAAAAAGCAUCGGCUUAUGAUUUUUUCAAACAAUCAGUGUUGGAUCCAUCAAUUUUAGCGGAAUGCGGCUUGGACGAUGAGACAAAGGAAGUUUUAUUAAAUAACAUUAAACGUAAAUUAACAUCGCAAGCGGUGAAAAUUCGCGCUGACAUUGAAUGCGCCUGUUAUUCUUAUGAAGGAAUUGAUGCUGUUAAAGCGGCAUUAAAAGCAGGUUUAGCCCUAUCCACCGAAGAGCUUCCAAUUAAAAUCAAUUUAAUUGCACCUCCACUUUAUGUAAUGACGACGAGUACGCCGGAGAAGCAAGAUGGUCUUAAGGCCCUAAACGAUGCUAUUGAAGUGAUUAAAGAAAAAAUAACAACACUCGGAGGCGUUUUUGCAAUUCAAAUGGCUCCGAAAGUUGUCACCGCAACCGACGAAGCGGAACUUCAACGGCAAAUGGAGAGAGCAGAAAUGGAAAAUGCCGAAGUUGCUGGCGACGACGACGAGGAGGAAGUUGAGGGUAUGGGCGACUUUAGCGGAGGUGAAGACGAUAAUGAGAACGCAGAUUCACAAAAGGAAGAGGAUUAAAAGAAAAAAGAUAAAAAAAAAGGGAGAGGAAUUCUUUUUGUUUAUACGACAAUUUUUUUUUCUCUUCUGCCAUUUAUUGAGGGGGGGGGGAAAAAAAAAUAAAGAAAACAACGGCAAUUAUCGAUAUUUGUAUAACGCAAAUUUUUUUCAAAAUAUAUAAUUAUGAAAAUUG